GAAGUGCCAAAGCCGCGGGAGCCCUGGGAUCCGUCCCCGCCGCCGCCUUUAGGUGCCGCGUUCCGCCUGGGUUCCCACCCGCGCCGUCGCCGAGGAAGCUGCUGCAGCCGGGUCGGGAGAGGAGGCGGCGCGGCAUGAAGCGGCGCAGGCCCGCACCGUAACACGCGUCGGGACGGUCCGGGCGGGGCCGUGGGGGAGAAGGAUUGGAUGGUGAGAAAAGGAGAGACUCCUAUGAGAAGAGAGCAGAAUGAGUGGAAGGAUCUAUGCUUGAAGUUAAGUCACUUCAAAAAGAUCUCUUUGAAUGUGGAAGAGAUCUGAGCAGAUGAAAAUACAAUCAGGAAAAUGCAACAUGGCAGCAGCAAUGGAAACAGAACAGCUGGGUGUUGAGAUCUUUGAAACUGCAGAGUGUGAGGAGAAUAUUGAAUCAGGGGAUCGGCCUAAAUUGGAGCCGUUUUAUGUUGAGCGAUAUUCCUGGAGUCAGCUUAAAAAGCUGCUUGCUGAUACCAGAAAAUAUCAUGGCUACAUGAUGGCUAAGGCACCACAUGAUUUUAUGUUUGUGAAGAGGAAUGAUCCAGAUGGGCCUCAUUCAGACAGGAUCUAUUACCUUGCUAUGUCUGGUGAGAACAGAGAAAAUACACUAUUUUAUUCUGAAAUUCCCAAAACCAUCAACAAAGCAGCAAUCUUAAUGCUCUCUUGGAAGCCUCUUUUGGAUCUUUUUCAGGCAACACUGGACUAUGGAAUGUACUCUCGGGAAGAAGAACUGUUAAGAGAAAGAAAACGCAUUGGAACAGUUGGAAUUGCUUCUUAUGAUUAUCACCAAGAAAGUGGAACAUUUCUCUUUCAAGCUGGUAGUGGAAUAUAUCAUGUAAAAGAUGGAGGGCCACAAGGAUUUACUCAACAACCCUUACGGCCCAAUUUGGUGGAGACUAGUUGUCCCAACAUUAGAAUGGAUCCAAAAUUAUGCCCAGCUGAUCCAGACUGGAUUGCUUUUAUACAUAGCAAUGAUAUUUGGAUAUCCAACAUUGUAACCAGAGAAGAAAGGAGGCUCACCUAUGUGCACAAUGAGCUAGCCAACAUGGAAGAGGAUCCCAGAUCAGCCGGAGUUGCUACCUUUGUUCUUCAAGAAGAAUUUGAUAGAUAUUCUGGCUAUUGGUGGUGUCCAGAAGCUGAAACAACUCCCAGUGGCAGCAAAAUUCUUAGAAUUUUGUAUGAAGAAAAUGAUGAAUCUGAGGUGGAAAUUAUUCAUGUUACAUCUCCUAUGUUGGAAACAAGAAGGGCAGAUUCAUUUCGUUAUCCUAAAACAGGUACAGCAAACCCAAAAGUCACUUUUAAGAUGUCAGAAAUAAUGAUUGAUGCUGAAGGAAGGAUUAUAGAUGUCAUAGAUAAGGAACUAAUUCAGCCUUUUGAGAUUCUGUUUGAAGGAGUUGAAUAUAUUGCCAGAGCUGGAUGGACUCCAGAGGGAAAAUAUGCUUGGUCCAUCCUGCUAGAUCGCUCUCAGACUCGCCUACAGAUAGUGUUGAUCUCCCCUGAAUUAUUUAUCCCAGUAGAAGAUGAUGCCAUGGAAAGACAGAGACUCAUUGAGUCAGUGCCUGACUCUGUGACGCCACUGAUUAUCUAUGAGGAAACAACAGACAUCUGGAUAAAUAUCCAUGACAUCUUUCAUGUUUUUCCCCAAAGUCAUGAAGAUGAAAUUGAAUUUAUUUUUGCCUCUGAAUGCAAAACAGGUUUUCGUCAUUUAUAUAAAAUUACAUCCAUUUUAAAGGAGAGCAGAUAUAAACGAUCCAGUGGUGGGCUACCUGCCCCAAGUGAUUUCAAGUGUCCUGUCAAAGAGGAAAUAGCAAUUACCAGUGGUGAAUGGGAAGUUCUUGGCCGGCAUGGAUCUAAUAUCCAAGUUGAUGAAGUCAGAAAGCUGGUAUAUUUUGAAGGCACCAAAGAUUCUCCUUUAGAACAUCAUCUGUACGUGGUCAGUUAUGUAAAUCCUGGAGAAGUGACAAGGCUGACCGACCGUGGCUUUUCCCACUCUUGCUGCAUGAGCCGGCAUUGUGACUUCUUUAUAAGUAAGUACAGUAACCAGAAGAAUCCACACUCUGUGUCCCUUUACAAGCUAUCAAGUCCUGAAGAUGACCCAACUUGCAAAACAAAGGAAUUUUGGGCCACCAUUUUGGAUUCAGCAGGUCCUCUUCCUGACUAUACCCCUCCAGAAAUUUUUUCUUUUGAAAGUACUACUGGGUUUACAUUGUAUGGGAUGCUUUACAAACCUCAUAAUUUACAACCUGGAAAGAAAUACCCCACUGUGCUGUUCAUAUAUGGUGGUCCUCAGGUGCAGUUGGUGAAUAAUCGCUUUAAAGGAGUCAAGUAUUUCCGUUUGAAUACUCUAGCCUCUCUGGGUUAUGUGGUUGUAGUGAUAGACAACAGGGGAUCCUGUCAUCGAGGGCUUAAAUUUGAAGGCGCCUUUAAAUAUAAAAUGGGACAAAUAGAAAUUGAUGACCAGGUGGAAGGACUCCAGUAUCUCGCUUCUCAAUAUGAUUUCAUUGACUUAGAUCGUGUGGGCAUCCAUGGUUGGUCCUAUGGAGGUUAUCUCUCCCUCAUGGCAUUAAUCCAGAGAUCAGAUAUCUUCAGGGUUGCUAUCGCUGGGGCCCCAGUCACUCUGUGGAUUUUCUAUGAUACAGGCUACACGGAACGUUAUAUGGGUCACCCUGACCAGAAUGAACAGGGCUAUUACUUAGGAUCUGUGGCCAUGCAAGCAGAAAAGUUCCCCUCUGAACCAAAUCGUUUACUGCUCUUACAUGGAUUCUUGGAUGAGAAUGUCCAUUUUGCACACACCAGUAUAUUACUGAGUUUUUUAGUGAGGGCUGGAAAGCCAUAUGAUUUACAGAUCUAUCCUCAGGAGAGACACAGCAUAAGAGUUCCUGAAUCUGGAGAACAUUAUGAACUGCAUCUUUUGCACUACCUUCAAGAAAACCUUGGGUCACAUAUUGCUGCUCUGAAAGUGAUGUAAUUCUGACUUGUGUAGAACUCUGGUAUACACUGGCUGUUUACCAAAUGAGGAGGGUUAAUCAAGAGAGAGCAUAGAACUGAUCAUCACAUUUUGAUACCUGCCGCAUUGCCAUGCAGGCAUCUACAGCUUGUGGAUAGUAAUCUAAUACUUUAUCCACACACUCAGAAAAUUGAAGAACACACUUCUAAGGGACCCAGCAAUACCUUGAGAAUUACU